UUGCCGCAAUUUUCGCAUUAAAUGCGCGAUUAUAUGUUGUGAUUAGUUUUGUGGUUUUGAAUUAGUCAUACGGUUUGGUGUGAAGUUAUUAACUAAAUUUCGUCUUCUUUUACUCAAUCAGUAUUAUCCUGAAGUUGUUACGAUUAGCUUUAAUAUUUUGCCUAUCACUGUGGCUGUACAAAAUUGUAAUCGUGUUUUUAUCUUCCUAUAUGGUGGAUGACAUUAAAAGUACUAGCACUGAAGUUAAUUCUAAUCAAGACGAGGAAGGAAAUUCAAUCAUGAGCAAAAUUAUAUACUAUGAUGAAUUUCCUAAAACAUUUGAAGAAUUUGGGUAUAAGUUUAAUGAAUUUGGACAGCUACAACAUAUCACAACUGGAGAGUCCUUUGUAUUUGAUGUAAGAAAAGAUGAUCAUGUUUACAACCAAAAACGCUAUGAAGCAAUUGGAGAACUUGUUACUGAUUAUGUGUAUAAUUUGCUGAUUGAGGAAGGAAAUUUGCAUAAGAUGACUUUGCCUAUAGAUGCUAAUGAAGAUAGGGAGCCAACUACAUUCAUUUUUCAUAGUGAUGAUGCCUUUACAAAUGAUAAACUUGUUAUUUUAAUACAUGGAAGUGGUGUAGUUCGAGCUGGACAGUGGUCUAGGAGGUUAAUUAUUAAUGAUUCCUUAAACAGUGGCACACAGCUGCCAUUUAUAAAACGUGCUAAAGGACUAGGAUAUGGUGUAAUUGUUCUCAAUACUAAUGAUAAUGGCAGAGAAUAUUCUAGGAAUAUUAUAAAAAUCAGGGGUAAUGAGAGUCCUGAGAAUCAUGGGAAUUAUGUCUGGAGAAAUUUAAUCCUUACAAAAGCAGCCGCUAAACAUAUAGCUAUUGUUGCUCAUAGUUAUGGUGGAAUUGUUGCUGUAAAUAUGUGUAAAACAUUUCCUGAGUCAUUUCGAGAGCGUGUUAUUGCCAUCGCUUUUACUGAUUCACCACACAGCCUAGUUGCUCAAGGCCUUCCUCCAUCACUUAUAGAAUGGUUACGCACAGUGUCUCGGAAUUGGGUCUCCAGUCAUAAGCCUCUGGAUACACCUCUUAUUCUAAGUAAUGUUCACGAAGUUGAGUGUUACUCUGCUGGAACCCAAAGACACGAUUUAACAUCUUGGAUGAGCUUUACUUCUGUUUACGAAUUCAUUGAUGCAAAAUACAGACGAGCCUUGCUCAGCGCGAAUGACCGUGAUCUGUGAAGAACGAAGCUCUUCUGCAGUAUUUUUUACCCAUACCGUCCAUAUGAGAAUUCCUCAAAGAAAAUACUGGGAUGAUUUUUCUGGAGAUGCUCAUCAAUAUUCCUUUCAUUGUCUGUAUGACUAUUAUUCGUUGGAUCUCACAAAAAAUCUGUAUUGUAAUUAAUUAAUAUCGCAAUUCGGAAUGUUUGUUUUCCUCGUCAAUGUCGGUAGAUGGCGCAACCUGUUCUUCCAGUAUUAUUAAAAUUUGUCGCGCGUCUUCCUUUUUAGUUAUUUUUUGCUUUUGCUUCUUCUUAUCUGCUAGGGAAAAUUUUUUUGUUGUUGUUAAAAAAUGGAUCUGUAAAAUAUUAAAAAUGUGAAUAUUUGUUUGUUAAUCACAUCAUGUAACGAGGAGCGUGGGUAAGUCUUUCAUCAUUAUGUUAGCCUUUGUAAAGAUAUUUGUGCUAUGUUUUUAAAUGUCAAUAAAAAGUCGUUUUAAUUUUUGUCUAAAAAAUGUUUUUUUCUUGUUAAAAUAUUACUUGUUUUGAUGUAAACUAAUAAAAAUAGUUAUUUAUAUUCUG